AUGAACCCACGGCUGCUGCUGCACACCCUCCUCGUCCUCCUCGGCCCGCUUACCGUCCUGGGCAACGUCGCCGCCGCCACUGAGGGGGGUAGUCGUUCUCCCGAGGGCAAGACACACUCGCAGCUCCUGUCCGAGGCAAACGUCUUCCUCACCACGGGCCGCUAUGCUGACGCGCUGUCCAGCUUUGACUCGGCGCUGGCGCUGGACCCAAGCGACUACCUGACCUACUAUCGCCGUGCGACCGCCUUGCUCUCCCUCGGCCGCACCGGCUCGGCGCUGGCCGACCUCGAAAAGCUGCUCGAACUCAACCCAAGCUUUGCUACUGCAUGGCUGCAAAAGGCACGCGUCUUUGCCAAGGAGGGAGAGCUGGGCAAGGCAAAGGAGAGCGUCGGCAAGUUCCUCGGUCGGAGCAGCACGAGCAAAGCGAGGGAGGCGGAAGAGGCGGAAAAACUGCAGGCAGAUAUCUCGUGGGCUCUGCAGAAGCAGAAGGAAAUGCAGGCUGCCCACAAGGCAGGUGCAGCUUCCGUAACCAAGGCGCUCAAGAAGAAUCCUGAAACAGCCAGCCAAGCGGUCAAGGUGGACAGCUCGCUACAGCAAAAGGCAGAGCAGUGUGUAGAGGCAGCAACAGCCGUGCUGGAAGUUAGUCCGAGUCACUUGCAAGCACGGAAGUUCAGAGCAGACUGCCAGCUCUGGCGUGGGAAUAUGGAGGAUGCAACGGCGGAUUGGAGUCGCAUAGCAAAGCUCACACCAUCCACCUCAUUGCACCUGCGCCUCUCGGCACUGUCGUUCUACAUCCAAUCCGACGUGGACGCAGCCAAGCUGCACUUAAAGACAUGCUUGCAUUCGGAUCCGGACAAUAAGCGCUGCGCGCAGGCGCACCGCAAGCUGAAAACAUACGAAAAGACCCUCAAGAAGCUACACAACUUCCGUGAGGGUGGCAACUGGAGGGCCGUCUCGAGCGUGCUCAAGGGCGGCAAGGUUGGCGGGCUGAGCAUUCGGGAGGAGAUUGAGGCGUACAUCCGCGAUGAGCUGAUGAAACCCGUGCAUGGCGGCGCCGCACUCGAGGGCGAUGAGCCGCUCAUCCCGCUGCUGCUGCACGAUGCCGUUGCGCGGUCUGAACUGCUCUUCGGUCUGACCAAGACACACUGCAAGGCGCACCUCGAGCUGAGCGAGCUCGCAAAAGCGAUGCCCUUCUGCCAACAGGUCCUGUCGCGUGAUCCAGAUGACAUUGACGCGCUCACCGCGCGCGGCGAGGAGCACAUGGCGCACGAGCGGCACGAGGACGCCGUCCGCGACUUUAGCGCCGCGUUCUCUAAGACGGGAAACUCGGACCGCGGGCUGCACGCGCGUCUAAUCAAGGCGCAGAAGCGCCUCAAGCUCGCCAACACCAAGGACUACUAUGCCAUCCUCGGCGUCCCGCGCAGCGCCGACGCGCGCGAGAUCAAGAAGGCGUACCGCAACCUCGCCCGCGAGCACCACCCGGACAAGGGCGGAAGCCAGGACAAGAUGGCGCAGAUCAACGAGGCCUUCGGCGUCCUUGGCGACGAUGAGCUGCGCACACGCUAUGAUGCUGGGGACGACCCGAACGACCCGAUGGGCCAACAGGGCCAGCAGGGCGGCUAUGGCAACCCGUUCGUCUUCCAGACCGGGCCCGGCGGCAUGCCGUUCGGUGGAGGAGGCGGUGGGGGCGCUGGCGGGCAUCCGUUUGCGCACUUCUUUCAACAGGGCGGCCCCGCACACGGACACCACGCCGGCUCGCAGCAGCAGCAGUUCCGCUUUAACUUCGGCUGAGGGCUGGCCGUGCAGCCGGUUAACUUCGUUCUGCCUAGGCACGCUACUGCUUUGUAUGCAUGUAUUUACGUGCGGCAUUCACACACCGCUGCUACCCAUUCAGAGUGGUCACUCCGUCUUUACCUUG